CUAAUUAUCACAAGUCUCAAAUGUAACAAAAUAAUGAAAUCCCACUGAAUCCCAGCAUGGAUUUACGACAUGUUUAUAACUGAGUUAUUACUGGUGUUAAGCAAGCCACCAUCGUGGUCUGGAGGGAUAAUGAUUAGUCAGUGUUGCAGCUGCAGUGUUGUAUAAUGACAGAGGAGGCCACAGUGGGAAGAUCGGUGCAAGAACUGCCCCACUUCUCUUCACCUGUGUGUUACGGGCAGCAGUCUUCUGUCAGUUUCCCAGUUUGUUCUGUACAGAGUUUGGAAGAAUUACUUGACUGCAGCCAUGCAGAAAAGCUCAGCGCCACGCUCGUAUCUGGUUCUGGAGAAUUACAUUGGAGGGAAGUUUGUUUCUUGCCAGAAUCACAUCGACUCCUACGACCCGUCCACCGGGGAGGUCUACUGCAAAGUCCCUGACAGCGGCAAGGAAGAGGUGGAUGCGGCGGUGGAAGCGGCUAAAGAAGCCUUCCCAGACUGGUCAGCGCGCAGCCCACAGCAGAGAGCAGAUAUCCUCAAUAAGCUGGCCGAUCUGAUUGAGGCCAGUGUGGAGGAGUUUGCCCAAGCUGAGUCCAGAGACCAAGGUAAAACCGUAACUUUCGCCCGGACUGUGGAUAUUCCUCGAUCUGCGUACAACUUCCGUUUCUUUGCAUCGUCUGUGCUUUAUCACACCAACGACUGCACCCAGAUGGACCACAUGGGCUGCCUGAACUACACCAUCCGCUGUCCAGUGGGAGUGGCUGGUUUGAUCAGCCCCUGGAACCUCCCACUAUACCUCCUAACAUGGAAGAUUGCACCUGCGAUUGCAUCAGGCAACACAGUAGUGGCCAAGCCCAGUGAGAUGACGUCCGUGACUGCGUGGAUGAUGUGCAAGUUGGUGGAGAAAGCUGGUGUCCCUCCAGGUGUGGUCAACAUAGUCUUUGGCACUGGCCCAAAAGCAGGUGACGCACUUGUUGGCCAUCCAGAUGUCCCACUGAUAUCCUUCACUGGCUCGACAGCAACUGCCACACACAUCACAGAGCGCAGCGCCCCCCACUGUAAAAAGCUCUCCUUGGAGCUGGGAGGUAAAAACCCAGCAAUUAUUUUUGCUGAUGCAGACCUGGACCAAUGCAUCCAGACCACGGUUCGCUCCAGUUUUUCCAAUCAGGGAGAAAUUUGCUUGUGUACUAGUAGGAUUUACGUAGAGAGGAGUAUUUACUCUGAGUUCCUGGAAAGAUUUGUGGCUGCUGCAAAAAAGUGGAAGACUGGCACUCCCUCUGACCCCAGCAACAGUAAUGGAGCACUCAUCAGCAAAGAGCACCUCGAGAAGGUCCGGAGCUUUGUAGCACUUGCCAGAUCAGAAGGGGGCAUCAUCCACUGUGGAGAGGGAGUUCAUGAGCUGGACCUUCCUCAGCGCAACAAGUCCGGCUACUUCAUGCCUGCCACAGUCAUCUCAGCCAUAUCUGACAGCUCACGUGUCAUGCAGGAGGAAAUCUUUGGUCCCGUCACCUGUGUCAGCCUCUUUGACACUGAAGAUGAAGCUGUUUCCAAGGGCAACUGCGUGCGUUAUGGCCUGGCUGCCACUGUGUGGUCCCGUGAUGUGGGGAAGAUUCACCGAAUGGCCAAUCGGCUACAAGCUGGACUGGUGUGGGCCAACUGCUGGCUGGUCAGAGAUCUGAAUCUGCCUUUUGGGGGGAUGAAAAACUCUGGUGUUGGGAGGGAGGGCGGGAAGGAUUCCUAUCACUUCUUCACAGAGGUGAAGAGCAUCACUGUCAAACACUGAUGGUAUAAAGUAGAGUGGUACUACUAACAAGUUUAUUUUCUUUUUGAAGGAUUGUACACAGAUGUAGGACAACAUUUUCCCCUUUAUCAAUCACUAAUCUCUGUCAUGUCUUGUGAAUUUUAACAUCAAAUUUCUCCUUUACCCCUCUGGGAUUGUUAGACUGCAAACUGUUCUUAAAUCCUGUCACUUAAAAGUCAUGAUAGAAUAAGACAAAUAUCUUAAAUACACCCUAUUAGCAAUAUUACUUCUCAGCACAUCGGAGCAUGGACAGUAGAUCUGUUGUGUUGACAUCAGAGUCACUGACAAUACUGUACUGAGUACUUUGGUCUGAUAUGUUUUAGCACUUUGUUCCACUAGAAGUCCACUCUGUUGUGUUUUACACUAUGAACUGAUGCAUGAACGCUCUUCUGAUAUGCUGCCCCCUGUGGUCAGAUGUGGAAUUGUUACAUACAGUGGCUUUAACUAAGAGGUGUGUUUAAUUAAGUGAAAUAAGUUUUACUUCUAUAAUUUUUUUAUUUUUAUUUUUUGUAACUUGUUACCAUCUUACCUUGUAAAAUAAUUCAUUAAUUCAUGCUUGUAUCACCAUCCAUUAACACUGAGCAGUUGUAUGGGUGUAAAUACUGUGUGUCAAGACUUAUGACAAAAUAAAAUAAAAAAUCUUUUUGCAAGUUUA